AAGGGCAGGAGCAAAGUGGGAUUUAGCUGUCCCAUGGGCUACACCCUUCACAUGCUUUGGUAAAGGCACGAUAGAUACAAUGGACUUGCUGUUUUCUUCUUCCUUAACUGUGAAAUUCAUGUGCUAUUAAUGUUUUUUAUUGAAUAUGUGCUAGAAAUGUUAUAUUUCUGAUAUGGCAAUUACCUCCAGUACUGCUGUUCAAUAUUUCACUUGCAUCUUUCCAAAAAAAAAAACUAUUUCACUUGCUGCCCUGCUGUUGAUUUCGAAAGAGACAAAGCGUUCUGCACAAGAAAUUAUAGCAGUUAUUAAACUGAGCAAAAGUAAAGACUGUUAUUUGUGAUAAGGACAAAGAUCAACAAUGUUGUGCAGAGUAAUCACUUCCACCGUGCUGUUGUUAUUACUGCCUGUUGGAUGUAGGGGGGCCUUUGUUUGAACAUAAAGACGAAGAGACACCUUUUAUGCAAAUGCAUGCUUAUCAGCCAUUUUCAAGCACAGAUGCUGUCAAAUUUGAACAUAUGUGCUAUUCUUUUCUGUGUUGAAUCAUCAAGAUAAGGAGGAAUCAUCACAUUUUAUGUUUGCUACUGCUUUAGAGGUAGCACUGAACCCAGAGGGCCAUAAGAUUUAAAUCUAAUAAGUAACCCUGUUCCUUUUUAAACAAAAUAUCUGUAGACUUAUUAGAGAAGACCAAGCAAACUUGGUAGUUCUACGUGAAGUAUCAUGGACAACAGCACUUGUUCAGUUGGAUAAUUUGCACUCUAGUUAUUUGAUACAUUGAAAUAGGCACCAAAAAAGCAAAGACUACUAUAGUGAGUGUCCAGAUCUAGUACAUUAUGUCUGUGAACUUUUUUUUCUUCGCACACAAGGCAACAAACACACGCAUGCAUACACAGAUGCGCACGCACAUAAUGUUAUAUGAUAUACAGUCGAAUUGCCCUAGCUCCAUGCCAAUCAUUAACAGGUUGGCCUUGACAAAAUAAGCAGGCUGCUGCCCUUAUCAACUCUAUUACUUUAUUUCCCCUCUCGGGGAUAGUUCUUUAGUGUUCCCCAGAUAUGUAUUUUGCAGUUUAAUCUCUAGCUUACAGCUCUAAUCACUACUCUAGGAGUAUAAUAAGACCAUUAGCGUACGACAUAAUGCGUAAUUAGGGUUUAGAAUAAUGGGUAAUUUCCAAGUCUUGGUUCGGAUGAUCAUAACUCCCCCAAGGUUACACCUAACAUAGACCUUUACCAAAAAUAUACUCACUUGCAUCUCGCGUGCAGCUGGCUUUGCCACGGACUGUGCUUUGUUUAUGGUUUUCAGAAAGGUGUGGCAUACGCUUUCCUAAGCAUAAUUAGAGAUCCUGUACCCUAUGCACAUGGGAAUCGAACACUGAAUUAGCACACAGUGUGUGUACUCGCGUCGUUCAGAUAUUAUGGUCUAGCUUGUACUACAAUCGAAUCAUCCAUGUUCAACUCUCAUCAUUCACUCUUGGUAAUGAUCCCAUUAAGACUGCUUUUGUGUUCUUUGCUUAUCGAUGCAUCUCUCUAGUAACUGUAUGCACAAACUUUUGAAGCAUGUACAAAUUAUGGUAGGCGUGGUGGAUUUGGUCUGAUCAUUCUGUUUUACUUUAGAGAAGCUUAGCCUGUCCUAUCAGAACCCUUUCUGUUCUCCUCUGGAUCUUAGAUUAUUAGCGUUUAUAUUCUGAUUCAAAACCCCAAAUCAUUUGUUGGUAUGCUCUUCUGAUGAUUCCCAAGUUUUGAAGGGUGCCAGUGCAGUUUAUUGCAGCGAAGAAAAGGAACAUCUCUGAAGCUGUUAAGCAGGAGGACAGUCUACACAGGGAGCAGGGUCUGCGGGAUGAACGAAUCCGAUGUCGAAAAUCUUAUCUUCAUAUAGCAUGGGUUGUGUUUUUUUACCUUUAGACUUACUACCCCAAAAGAGACGAUUGCCAGCUAAUCCAAUGCAGGCACUGCUCCAUUUGUUUACUUUGAGUUCUUUGGCUGCUAUUUCUUGGAGCUGUUUUGUUUGCAGGAAUCCUCUGACUUCGCUAGCCCCUGAUGUCCCAGUGCCGACAGCUCGGCCUCAGCUCCUGUACGUUGCCAGCAUCCAGCAAGCUCUGAGCACUGAGCUGAUAUCAUCCUGCCCUCGCAUUAUCCGGUUUCCGCUGCUGCAGGCGAUGUGAUGCGAGCGCCCAAGCAUAUGGUACACACGAAUAUGCACGGCAAUGAUUGGGAAAGAAGACACAGAUCUGUGGCAACCUUUCUGGCGAGCAUAAUGAUGCGCGAGAAGAUAAUCUGGCGGGUGGUCGGGGCCCCUUCCCCCAUCCCUCAAUGACUGCACGAGCCGAGCCCGCCCCGGAGCGGCAACGGUGAAUGCGCCGCGCCGAGGCCGGCCGCCGCUGCUGUGCACGGAGCCGUGCAAAAGGAGCGCGGCAAGCCGGCAACUGGUCAUGGCUCGCGAAGGCGACGCGUAUGCCGUCUUCUUCCCGGUGAGGUCAAGAAAGCUGGAUGGCCGUGGCUAGUAAUCUACCAAGACUUGUUAUCCACGUAGCCGGCCUGUGGUCCAUUCUAUGGUCCAUUUCCUGCUUGGCGAGGGCGCCACUAAUGUUUAGGCAGGAGAAAAGGCAGCUGCUGGGAGACGAGAUGGUGGGAGGACGACGAGGCUGCAGCUGCAGCAGCAGCUGUGAUGGUGCUGAAAGAAAGCUGCUCGCUCGGGUACUCUACUCAAGUUGUGAGCAAGAUCAACCGAUGGACAUGAACGAGAGCGGCGAGAAAGGGAUGGAGGGCAACGCGUCCUCCGCCGGCGCCGGCAUCCCGGUGGAGUGGCAGACCCAAUUCAGCGCCGCCGCCUUUGCGUGCCCUCAGGCACAGCAGCAUCAGGGCCCCAUGAUGGACUCCGCGUUCGCGACCGCCGGCAUGUGGGCGUCCACCUCCCAGGCCAUGGUGCUCUCCGACGUCGGCGGCGCCAUGUCCGCCACGCGGGGCGGCGGCGGCUUCUUGGCGCCGGUGCCCGGGUUCCUCCCGCAGGGCCUCGGCCAUUUCCCCGUCGACUCCGGCUUCAUCGAGCGCGCCGCGCGGGCGUCCUGCUUCGGCGGCGGCGGCGGCGGCGGGGUGAUGGGCGGCGCCGGCUUCGGCGCGGCUGAUCAGCACAUGAACGGCGCGUUCAGUGGCUCCUCCGAGGCGCUCCUGGAUCACCAGAGGAAGGACGGCAACGAGAAGGGCGAGCCGGAGCUCGGCCGGAACGGCCACGACGGGGUGCCGAGCUCGGAGGCCGCCGGAGGGGACUGCUCGUCCAAAGGGACGUCGGACUCCAAGAAGAGGAGAAGGCCAAACGAGGUGAUGGGAGGCGAUCAGGUUCAAUCCUCCAACCUGCCCGCGGAUUCGGCAAACGAGAGCGUGCACAGCAAGGACAAAGGCGAGGAGAGCAGCCCGGCAACAACCACCGGCAAGUCGAAAGGGAAGGGGGCGAAAGAGACCUCCGAGUCCCAGAAGGAAGACUACAUCCAUGUCCGGGCUCGGCGCGGACAGGCGACCAACAGCCACAGCCUUGCAGAAAGGUUGAGAAGGGAGAAGAUUAGCGAGAGGAUGAAGCUUCUGCAGGACCUUGUUCCCGGCUGCAGCAAAGUCACUGGGAAGGCGGUGAUGCUUGACGAGAUCAUCAAUUAUGUUCAGUCCCUGCAAAGACAAGUUGAGUUCCUAUCGAUGAAGCUUGCGACAGUAAACCCAAGGCUUGACCUCAACAUAGAAGGGCUUCUGUCGAAAGAUCUUCUUCGCUUCCCUGGUGUCUCUUCAUCUUCCCUCGGAUUCUCCCCAGAGAUGAUCCACCCACAACUACAGCUAUCGCAACCAGGCCUGAUUCAGGGGGGCGCUGCUGGCAUGGCCAAUCCAGACGUGUUCAGGAGAAUCAUACAGGCACAGCUAAGUGCUAAAGACGGAUCUCAGAUGCCCCACGCAUUGAAUGGGCCGUUCAGUGACGUCGCGCAGAUGGGGUACCCGUCCCUGGGGUCGUCGGCACAGGACUUGAGCAUCAGGCCGUCGCAGGACGGGUUCCAAAUGUGACGCGCAGUCUGGCCCAGCUGCAUUGCACAUACUAAGAGCAAGCCUUUUUUUUUUCCAUCUGAUCGACGAACAUGCAGGAGCGCAGGGGUGCACACAUAUAAACUGGCGCUGCUACUGCCGGAGCACAGCAGCAGCCUUUAACUGCGUCGUCGUCCACGGCCGGGUUUUUAUUGUGUUCAGAACUGAGAAGAGAUCGAGGAGGGAGGGAGCCCCCACGGGCGGAAGCAGCCAGCGCUGCGCUUGGGAGGGAAUCUGUGACGUUGCCGGGCUGGAUGGCUGGAAAUUCUGCCUCUGCUGGGGGUGGUAGCGCCCAUUAAUCAUGGCGCACAGUGCAGUAACAGUGGCUGCGUUUGUAGCGAGCAGAUGAGCUGGUGCUGCUUCUGUGUGUGUGUGGCAGGAUGUAAUGUGGGGAGCUUUUGGUUACGUUCAUUCGGUUGCUUUUGUUUUGGAUGCUUCAUGGAUGCUAAACACUCCUAAAUGGGGGGCGACGUUUAUUAGUUAAAAGAUCAAAAUAUUUCGGUAAA